AUGGCCGCCUCGUCUUCCUCCGGCUCGUCUUUUACCUCCUCCUCCCUUGGCCGGCCCCCUUCCUACGGCCAGCCAUACGCAAGCCCCAUUGACUCGACCUGGACACCAACGUCAGGCGCCUCGACGAUAUCGGCUCUCACCUCCGAGGCCUCAGCACCGCACGCCUCUCUUCAUCCUCUAGAUCUUGGACCUCCAGGCUAUCAAGCAACUAUGUACCAUUUUUCUACUACUCGAUUCGAAGCCCCUCUUUCCAAAUCUCCAACCCUCUUUGAGAAUACCCCCAACGAGCGCACGGUUUAUCUUGGCCCUUGGGAGGUUGUCGGCUCCGAGCAGCGUCGCGUACUAUGGCAGUGCAGCUACCAGAGCGAGCUUCUUGAACACUUCCUUCCGUCCGAUGUGCCCGCCGACAUCUUUCCUCAUACCUUGCACGCCCGUCAUCGUCCAUACACAGAUUCUUGCGAACUCGAGCUUUUUGUCAGCUUUCGCGAGCCACAUAGAGUCAGAUACACUACCGGCGAAGGUGUGGUGGUUCAUGACCAUCUUACCGAGGUCAAGUACGAGUUCACCACCGUGGAGAGCUCUAUACGCUUCCAGGGAGAUAUUCGUCGGAAAGACUUGGUUGACUACUACGAUGUUGACGUCGUCUGGUCCGAUCAGCACGGAAGAACGGACGGCUUUGGUAAUAUUAGGGGCAUGGGAUUGGUACAGAGGCUCAAACUCUGGAGGGACCGAUACUCGACUUACCACUCGCUGACCGUUCUUGCAAAUCGUGCGAGUGGCCGGCAAUAUCGAGAAUACGAAAUCCACAAUUUUGAGGGCGAACUGCGUAACCGCGACGAUCGACACCGCCAGGUCCGCUUGACAGUUCGCGGAAGUCGACGCAGCAGCGCUCCCGAUAACAGCAGUUCCCGCUCACGCUUCAACCUGGCACAACGAAUGCGUCCCCGCGUGCGUUCCGGUUCUCAAGGGGGCCCAUCGACUUCUGACGGAGCACCGUCGGGCACACUGAAUAUUCGCUAUAUAGGCGUACAGUUCAGUAAACGUGAAGAUUACCUUCGGUUUUUGGAGAGUUGGGUCGUAGCGCACAGCUCCGACAGCGAGUUUCACGGCAUACCUUUUCCUGCCCACCAUGUUGAGCUGCCAUCGCCGGAAAUGCUUCCUGGAGAAAUGUCCGAACUGCCGUCCCCUGAUAUCUCUCGAGGCUUGGAGCCAGUGGUGGAGCCCCCAGAUCCUUAUGAGUCUGACUCGGCUGCUUGA